AUGGCGGAGCUUAUGGAGGGCGUCGUGUUGCAGGGGCCCUUCCCGCUGGAAGACAUUGAGAUGACAAUCCGCGAAGGGAAGCGAUGCUAUGACUCGGAGGUGGACUCUUGGCGCGGGAGGGGGUUGCAUUCGGGCGCACGGCGAUCGCUGGCACCACGCUCCGAACUCCUCGCCUUGGCUUGGCACCGGGCUUGGGGAAAGGAGCAGGAAGCCGAGAAACAUUGGCAAGCCCUCCGCCAAGAGCAACCACAGCUGUUCGAUGGUGAAGUAUGGUGCCUUAGCUCCUUCAGCGUCCAGAAGGAUCCCAUUCCGCGUUUGCGCUUGGAAAUGCAGGAGACGAGCUUCAAGUACGUGCUCUACACCCACCUCACCACCGCCGGUCAAUCCAUGGAUGCUUCUCGAAGGUCGGGCGCUUGCGGGCUCAUGGCCCUCACGGAGACGACCGAGGGGCUCUUGGUGUUUGGCCAGCGCUCGCGGCACGUGGGGGCCUUCCCCGGGUACUUCCACUGCGUGCCUGCUGGGAAUGUGGAUGUUCCUGACCUGCUGCAGAUUGCGCAGAAGGAGCUGUUGGAGGAGAUGGCGGUGGCUUGGGAGGAGGUGGCCUCUUGCAGCAUUUUCGCCUUGAUGGACACGGGAGCCGAGCAGGGCCACAAAUACGAGUUUGUGCUGUCCAUGCGGCUGUCGUUGCCGGCGCCUGAAGUGCUCAGGCGCUACCAGAUUGCGGAAGAUAAGAAAGAGCACGAGGCCUUCGUGUUCGUGCGGCCCAGAGGCGUUGAACCGGUUUCCUCGGUGCCCACGGUGACCUCCAGGGAGUUCUUGGCAGAAUACCAGAUCACCGACGUGGCGCGCAGGUCGUUGCAGCUGCUGGACUUGACCAGGUUCUUGAGGUGGCUCGGCAAGAUCCUGCCGGGCAGGAUCCACGAGUUCACUCCGCAAGGCAUUUGCAUCUCUGCCUACGGCUUGGUUUCGCUCUACGACACGCAACACACCGCCCGCUUGGCGAGAUUCCUCUUGGAGGUACUUGCGCUCGCCCACAUGGAGCUCGAAGAUCAUGUUUUCCACGAGGACCUGCCCUCCCACCUGGCGCGGGCGCAGCAGGCCUUCGACCGAGUCUCCGAGCAGCUCUCGAGUUUGCGGGCCUCCCGCGUCAAGGCGUCCCCCAGCAAGGCUUCGUCAGGUGAGACGGAGGCCGCGGAAGGCGUGCGGCAAUUCAAAGAGGCAAAGGAGGAGCUGAAGCAGGGCUUGGAGGCGCUGCGGGCUUCGCGCAGCGCGCACCUGGCGCUGCGGCGCCAGGUGGCGCAGGAGCUCCAAGGCCUGGACCUCUCCUGGGACCGCGGGGUGGUGUCCAGCAUCCUCGCCGCCUCCGGGCUCGGGCCGAAGCGCUUCGAUUCCGAGCCGCAAGCGGACGCCGAAGCGGCGGCUUCGAAGCUGUCGGAGGUCCCAGAGACAGACUCUCCUCUCCCCUCGCCCCCAUGCACGCCCAGCCGGGACGCCACAUCGAGCCCAUCUCAAGCGAAGGCCACUUCUCCCAACAGGGCGAUCCUGCACACGCCCGUGCGUCGAUCUUCUGCUGCUGCCAAGGCCGUGCGCUGGACGCGCCCGGUGAGCCCCAAGGACCACAUUCGUGACCUGCCGGAGCGGCCGUCUCCUGGGCUCCGCCGCACUUCCUUGGACCGCCUGGGGUAUUCGCCCAACGCAUCGCCAGGGGUCUCGCCCUUCCGGGAGAGCGCGGGGAAAAACGUGCGAAGUCAAGUUAGCUGCUCCAACUGA